AGUGGGGUCCCAGCCCGGGGGCAGUGACAGACGCCCCCUACCGGGCGCGGGGUGCCCGGCCGGCCAGCUCGUACCAACUGCCCAUUGUGCGUCACGCACGUGGGCCCUACCAAUCGCUCGGGCUGGGGCCGAGAGGAGGCCGUACCAUCGGCUCGGGGAGGGGGGACUCCAGUCCAGAGGCCAAAGGUGUGGGCCUAAAGGCGCAGCGGAGGGACCAGGCGUCCCAAGCGUAGCGGGGCGAUAGGGCCCGGAGGUGACUCAGACGUCACCGUCCGGAGGCCUGGCACGAGCGUGGGACCGCUGUCCUCCCGGCUCUGACCUCUUCCCCCCUGUCCGAGGGUGCCGGCCCCGGCCCCGCCCCCAAACUCGGAAUCCCGGGGACGCGGCCCCGCCCUCCGCUCCCGGGGGGCGAGGGUUGGUUCCGCUGGACGGUUUGCUUGCGCGUUAGACUGUGUGUGACACCCCGCGGCCCCUCGGUGUCCCCCGAAGCUGAGGACUUGUUAGGCCCAGGGUCCCUGCAUUCAUUCACUCUACUCUGUGUGGCGCAGUGGUAAAGAGUUCCGUCGUUAACCAAAAAGGUUGGCAGUUCGAAUCCACCAGCCGCUCCCUGGAAACCCUAUGGGGCACUUCGCGCCUUUCCUAUAGGGUUACUAUGAGUCGGAAUCCACUGGACAGCAGUGGGAGUUUUACACUGUGCCGGGCCACGUGGGGCAUCUGAGACCCACUAGUUGGGCCAGCAGAGAAGUCGCUUAUGUGCGCAAAUAACUUAAAAAUAUGCCCGCCGUGUUCAUUUUAAAGAUCCCGGAGAAAGGCGCAGAGAAUUCACUCAUUCAAGAAAUACGUAUUUAUGGAGCGCCUCCUGUGUGCCAUGUUUGCUAGUGGCCUGGACAAUGCUGGCAAAACAACCAUCCUGAAGAAGUUCAAUGGGGAAGACAUCGACACCAUCUCCCCGACGCUGGGCUUCAACAUCAAGACCCUGGAGCACCGUGGAUUCAAGCUGAACAUCUGGGAUGUGGGUGGCCAGAAGUCCCUGCGGUCCUACUGGCGGAACUACUUUGAGAGCACCGAUGGCCUCAUCUGGGUGGUGGACAGCGCCGACCGGCAGCGCAUGCAGGACUGCCUACAAGAGCUCCAGAGUCUGCUGGUGGAGGAGCGUCUGGCCGGAGCAACCCUCCUCAUCUUUGCCAACAAGCAGGACCUGCCUGGGGCAUUGUCCUCUAAUGCCAUUCGCGAGGCCCUGGAACUGGACUCCAUUCGCAGCCACCACUGGUGCAUCCAGGGCUGCAGCGCCUUCACCGGGGAGAACCUGCUGCUGGGCAUUGACUGGCUCCUGGAUGACAUUUCCAGCCGCAUCUUCACAGCCGACUGAGCCGCCCUGGACGCCCACCUCCCAGUCCAGACCCUCCCUUCCUGCACCCCAGCCCCGGCCAUACACCAUCCGUAGGGGGUGGGAGUCAGCCAGCUGGGCUAACACUCCCCGCCCCCUCCAUAUCCUGCUGCUGCUGCUGCUGCCCACUGCUGCUCCUGGGCCAGUCGGCUCCUGUGAUAGGAGGCCUGCUGCCCUGGCUGCUACCCCCACUCCCCACCUGGCUCCCCUGGGGCUGCCACACUAAGAAAGGGACACUGGACCUGGGAGGAGACAGCCUCUGCUGCUACCGAGGCUAUGGGCCUCGUCUUUGCUCCGCUGUGAGAAUAAAUCACUCCUUGCUCCUG